AUCAGGGGCUAUUGUCAGCCUCAUGGAAGAUAGACCUGAGCUAACUGAAAAGGUGGUCCAAAUAUCCAGUAGUUCCGAGCAGGCUGAGAGAGCCCAGAGCCUUCUCCAGGGAUUUAUUCUGAGCACACAAGAUGCCACAACAAGCUAAAUCUGAGCUAUGGGUGUUGUAAAGCCGAGAUCUUGUAAGGUAGCAAUGGAUGCUUUCAGUUUUCACUAGUAAUCUGUUUUCCCAGAAUCUGGCAGUUAUCAACAAUCUUUGCAUAAAAGGCUCUGGAGAUGGAACCUUGCAUGCAUGGAGCAUCAGCAGAUGCAAUGAGGCUGCCACUAGAAUCUUGGCCCGUCAACUCGUUUGUCUGAGGCAGCAAAUCACCAACUUGCAAGGGAGUCGUGCACAGAUCAGAGGGGUUGCAACUCAUACACAGGCCAUGUAUUCCAAUACUUCCAUCUCUGUUGGAAUGAAAGGUGCAAGCAAAGCAAUGGCAGCUAUGAAUAAAGAAUGUACUUUUGCUUACGUGUAACGGACCAUUAUAUCUGAUUUAA